CCGAGCUCAGCCCUACACAUCUCCUCUUGCAUCCAACUCCUUGAGAGGGAGAGGCGAGCGUGUCCUCCUCUCUCUCGCAGCCGCCAGCGUCUAGAGCCACCGCGGACCGGCUUUUCACACCUCCGCCACCCCCCUCCCUUCUUCCCCGCCACUCCCUCCCAGAGAGAGAGAGAGAGAAGGAAAAGGAGAAAGAUUCUGGAAUUUGAACCUUCCCAAAGAGGAAACAUACCCAGCAAAGUCAGUUGAUUAAGCAUCAAACAAACAAACAGAUCCCAAAUCUUCUGUUCAACUGGAAAGGUCUUUUUCUGGAGUCCUGAGAGGCAGGUUAUGGGCAGGACUGCCUCUGGCCCGCACCAUGAAGCCUGAACCUGCUUCGGCUCUGCCCUGGGCCCUGCUCUGCCUGAGCACUCAGCUUUGGGCUUCCCCGCUCCCUGCAGCCCCCUGCUGCUAGGAGGUAAAACUUCAGGACUGGUCCUUGGCCUGUUUCUGCCUUUCACCUGGCUCGCCUCACCACUGCUCACGCCUCCCCCAUCACGGCACCCCCACCCCAGCCCUCACCCCGGCCUCCCUGGCUGGGGCGUUUGGGGGUCCGUUGGGAGGAGUGCAUUGCUGAAGCCUUCCACCCGCCGUGUACCUUCUCCUCCUCGAAUCAAGGCCUCCGGAUCCACAUGGAUAGCUGAGAUCUUUUCUUGGAGGACACUUGGCUCCUCAUUCUAGUCCCCCACUUUCCCACCUGACUUUCCUCCUCUUCUGCUGCCCUGCCUUCUCCUCCCUCUUUGUUGAAUUUCUUGCUCUUGCGCCCAUCUGGGGCCAUCUUGUCCACUUUCCUUCUUCCUCACCCUCUGGAUAUUUGUGUGUGUGCGCCUCCGUCCUCUUGUGUGCUCUCUGUCCCUCCCCCAGGCCCAUCUCCUCUUCUUCUCUUCCUUCCGCUGCCAAGGGGGAUCCUCCCCUGAGGGCGUCCCCCGCCCGUCGUCGUCGGCUCCUCUGGGCUCGGUCCUGACAGCCACAAUGGGCUUCGCCGCAAACUCGAUUUUCUUCACCCUGAAGGUGAGCGUCCUGCUGGGGUCGCUGCUGGGGCUCUGCCUGGGCCUCGAGUUCAUGGGCCUCCCCAACCAGUGGGCCCGCUACCUCCGCUGGGAUGCCAGCACCCGCAGCGACCUGAGCUUCCAGUUCAAGACCAAUGUGUCCACGGGGCUGCUCCUCUACCUGGAUGACGGUGGCGUCUGUGACUUCCUCUGCCUUUCCCUGGUAGAUGGCCGCGUGCAGCUCCGCUUCAGCAUGGACUGUGCGGAGACCGCGGUGCUGUCCAGCAAGCAGGUGAAUGACAGUGGCUGGCACUUCCUCAUGGUGAGCCGCGACCGCCUGCGCACGGUGCUGGUGCUCGACGGCGAGGGCCAGGCGGCUGAGCUGCAGCCUCAGCGGCCCUACAUGGAUGUGGUCAGUGACUUGUUCCUUGGCGGAGUCCCCGCGGACAUACGACCUUCUGCCCUGACCCUUGAUGGAGUACAGGCCAUGCCGGGUUUCAGAGGAUUAAUCCUGGAUCUCAAGUAUGGCAACUCAGAGCCUCGGCUUCUGGGGAGCCAGGGUGUCCAGUUGGACGCCGAGGGACCCUGCGGUGAGCGUCCCUGCGAAAAUGGGGGGAUCUGCUUUCUCCUGGAUGGCCACCCCACCUGUGACUGUUCCACCACUGGCUAUGGAGGCAAGCUCUGUUCAGAAGGUAAGACCUUCUCCCCGAGCCCUCUCUUACUAGAGACCCACCCAUUGGGGUGGGGUGAGGACCAAGACCCUGGACGGAAACCAACACUGCGGUGGAAGGCCAUCUUUAGUUAUGUGUUAGAUAAUCUGGUCCCUUUCCCUGAGGAGGGGGUGGAAAUCCUUUGA